AUGACGCCUGGCCACGAGCAUCCUUCAUCCGAGCCUGAUCCCUUUGAGUUCUUCAAGACCCCUGUGCCGGGAUCGGAAGCACAAGAAUCUACAGCGCCGCAGCACCAUCCAAAGACCGACACGCCCAAAAGAUCUCCCACGAAAAAGACCCUGGAGAAGUACCGCUACCUCGAUUCAAAGUCGUUUCUGGAACGAGUCGUUGGAGAUCUGCAGCUGACGGCCGAUGACAACGUACCCAAGCUUCAGCACGGGAUAUCCAAAGUCGUUCGAGAACCAGGAGUCCAUCUGCUGAAGAUGGUCGACUCCGCCGACGGCGCCGUCACCUACAACUUCCAUCCAUAUAUCGAGAAUAUUCCCCUGGUCUCGGAUGUCAAACUCGAGGCCAUCAGCUCGUUUGUGCCAGCAACCGAUGACCAGCUUCUACAGUCGCUCGCAAAAGAACAUCGGAAGAAAUUUGUCGUCUCGACAUCGUCCAUCACAGGCAUACUGUCGAAGCUCUAUCUGAAGGUGCUGAAGCAGAAGCCGGUCAAUCUGGAUCUCUUUUCGGACGAGUUCAAGAACAUGAAAAGCAAGUUCACCACCACCGUUCUGGAGCGGCCCGUCAUUGUCGACGUUCACUAUAACGACUACGACCAGUAUGUGCUGUUAUCCAAGAAGGAUGUCCUCGAAAACGACUCGAAGCUGCUGUCUGAGCACGGCCACGUCAUGGAGGCUCUGCUCACCAACAGUAUCAGGAAUCUCGAGGCGCUGAAACGGACGAGCGACGAGACCCGGGUGACUGACAUUGACGAGAGCCGACUCUAUCACUUUGUCGAGAUGGAGAAUUUCCUGAUGCGCUCGCAGAUCGAUUGCUGGGACUCGCAUCUGCCGCGCCAGAAGCUGGAUAUCAAAGCCCGUGCACUUGAGCCGAUCCGGCUGGACCCAGACAACUACAAGGCCUACCUCCAUCACAAGCUCGUCAAUUUGACCGGCACGCAGUCGUCGUUUGAGUUUGAGCGGUUCCAGUGCGCUCGGAGCACCAUGCUCAAGUACAUGUUCCAGUCGCGCAUCGGUGACAUGGACGGAGUCAUCAUCUGCUACCACAACAUCGAGAAGAUCUUUGGGUUCGAAUAUCUGUCUCGGAAACAGAUGUCCGAGUACCUCUGCGGCUCUGAGGGCAUGAUGGAGCAGAUCUUUGUGAUCCUGGUCAAGCUGAUCGACCGAAUCCUGCGCCAGCUGGUCCGCAACUCGCCAAAGAAGUCCUUCCAGAUUGGCUUCUCGUUUGCCCCACGAUCCAACAAGCUGACGAUAUUCCGCUCGCCGAUCAACGAUGCCAAGCCCAAGCCCAAGGACAUUCAAAUCUAUGAGCUCGAUAUCAAGCCGCACCUCAAUGGCAAUCCGAUUUCGUCCUCCGUAAUCGACUUUGGCAACCCCGAUGAAGACCAGUUCUCGAUCGAGUACGCCCUGCAUCGGCUCGAGAUGGACCCUCUGAUGCUGCAGGACAAGUUUACUUCGCUGAUGAGCCGGUUCUUUGCCUCACGCUCGCGGCGUGUGCUCGAAUAUUGUCGAUCAAUCUACGGCAAGCCCGAGACGGACGGAAUCUGA